AUGAAUGAGAGCUUAGCCAGUCUUCUCCUCCUCACGUUGAUUCAUCUGCUUUCGCUUGUCUCAGCCUAUGAUUUCCUGUCAGCGGGUUCGUCUCUCUCCGUAGAGCACAGCUCUGAUGUGCUCCACUCGCCAGAUGGCACUUUCACCUGCGGCUUCUACAGCAUCUCUCCCAAUGCCUCCACCUUCUCCAUCUGGUUCUCCAGAUCAUCCAAAAGAACCAUCAUCUGGAGCGCGAAUCCUCUCCACCCUGUGUACACCUGGGGAUCCAGAGUCGACUUAGAUGUCGACGGGAGCAUGGUUCUAAAAGAUUACAAUGGCCAGAUUGUGUGGACCAACAAUGUGAGCGCUUCGGAUGCUGGGCAUGUUCAAGCUCGGCUAUUGGGCACCGGGAACCUCGUUGUGAAGGGCAAAGAUAGUGCCAUCCUGUGGCAAAGCUUUGAUUCUCCUACCGAUACCUUGUUACCCACUCAGAGAAUUACUGCUCCUACAAAGCUGGUCUCUACUAACAGGUUACUUGUUCCUGGCCACUACAGCUUCCAUUUUGACGAUCAGUACCUUCUUUCUCUGUUUGAUGAUGAGAAAAAUAUUUCUUUUAUCUAUUGGCCAAAUCCAAGUAGGACUAUCUGGGAGAAGCUUAGAGUGCCAUUCAAUAGCAGUACAUCUGGGGCUCUUGAUUCCUGGGGACAUUUCCUUGGAAGUGACAAUGCAACCUUCACAGCUGCUGAUUGGGGUCCUGGGAUCACGAGGCGGCUAACACUGGAUUAUGAUGGCAACCUCAGAUUAUACAGUCUGAAUAUGGAAGACAGAACAUGGUCGGUCACAUGGAUGGCCUUUCCUCAGCUUUGCAAAGUACGCGGUCUGUGUGGCGAAAACGGAAUAUGUGUGUAUACUCCUGUGCCAGCUUGUGCGUGUGCCCCUGGUUUUGAAGUCAUCGACCCAAGUGAGCAGAGCAAAGGCUGCAGACCAAAGACCAACAUCAGUUGUGAUGCACAGAUGGUGAAAUUUGCUAAGCUACCCCACACUGAUUUCUUUGGGUAUGAUAUGGCUGCCCUUCGUUUUGUUUCUCUUGACUUUUGUAUGAACAAAUGCUUGCAUGACUGCAAUUGUAAGGGUUUUGCAUACUGGGAAGGAAUCGGCGACUGCUAUCCAAAGCUUGCUCUUGUUGGUGGUGUAACCCUGCAUCACAUUGGUACUACUGGCACCAUGUACAUCAAGCUUCCCAAGGGAGUAGAAGUGUUGGAGGCCUCAAUUCCGCAAUCACAACCCUUUGGUCCCAAGUAUGGUCCUGACUGUACUACAACAGAUAAGUACUUCAUAGCAAAUUUUCUGGAUAUGCUUAAGAGACAGCAGAGUGAAUUAAAGUUUCUGUACUUCUAUGGAUUCUUAUCAGCAAUAUUUCUGGCAGAGAUAAUGUUUGUUGCAUUAGGAUGGUUUAUUUUGAGGAGGGAACGCAUGGUACUGGGAGGAGUAUGGCCAGCUGAGCCUGGAUAUGAAAUGGUAACUAAUCAUUUUCGCAGGUACACCUACAGAGAGUUGGUGUCGGCGACCAGAAAGUUCAAGGAUGAACUUGGGAGGGGAGCAUCAGGCAUUGUAUACAAAGGGGUCUUGCAAGACAACAGGGCAGUAGCUGUGAAAAAAUUGGCAGAAAUAAACCAAAGUGAAGAAGAAUUCCAGCAUGAACUGACUGUGAUUAGCAGGAUUUAUCAUAUGAACCUAGUGAGAGUUUGGGGAUUUUGUUCCGAUGGUCCACACAGGAUAUUGGUUUCUGAAUACUUUGAGAAUGGUUCAUUGGAUAAAUUCUUAUCUGACAGAAAGAGUUCGGAAAUCUUACUUGGAUGGAAGCAAAGAUUUGAUAUUGCGCUAGGGGUGGCUAGAGGAUUGGCGUAUCUUCACCACGAGUGUUCAGAGUGGGUCAUCCAUUGUGAUGUGAAACCUGAAAAUAUACUGCUGGAUGAGAACUUGAUGCCAAAGAUCACCGACUUUGGCCUUGCAAAGCUCCUGAGCAGAGGUGGAUCCAACAUAAAUGUUUCAAAGAUCCAAGGGACUAGAGGUUAUCUAGCACCAGAAUGGGUUUCUAGUCUCCCAAUUACGGCAAAGGUUGAUGUCUACAGCUUUGGAGUGGUGCUACUGGAACUACUAAAGGGAGCCCGUGUCUCAGACAUGGAAAAUAAUGAGGAUGAGGAAGUGGAGAUGGUCCUUGGAAGGAUAGUCAGGAUGCUUAAUGAGAAUCUGCAGUUGGAUGGCACUGAACAAUUAUGGUUCCCUGACUUCAUUGACGCUAGACUGAAUGGCGAUUUCAACUAUCUGCAAGCAAGAAUAAUGAUGAUGCUGGUUGUUUCAUGCCUGGAGGAAGAUAGAAGCAGACGACCUACCAUGGAAGAUGUAGCGCAGAUGCUUGUUUCUGUUGAUGAAGUUACUAACGCAACCAGAGCGGAAGGAUCUGUUUAA